AUGAACUGGAAUAUAGUAUAUUUAACAGAAAGACCAUUACUGGGGAUCUCGUGCACCAUCGACUACCUGGAGCUGGUGAUGCCUCGCUACGCUACCCUGGGCGGCGACGUCAUCCUCGUGUGCAACCACAGCGUGCCGCCCGAGCAGCUCUACAAGGUGGAGUGGCGCAAAGGCGACCGGAAGAUCUUCCAGUACAUCAAGGGCAGGAAGCCGCCCUUCCGGUACUUUACCGCGGCCGGAGUGGUGCCCAAUAGGAUUAUAUCCAACCCAUGUAUGAGCUCGAAAUCCAGGAGCGUUGAUCCCCUUAAGCGCUUUUCCCGAUACAAAAGCAUUGUCGCAGCAUCUCCUGGAGGUGUAUUUAUAAAGUCAACGGCAUGUCUCGAUAUCUCCCUAACCAAAGAUAAAACGAGGAUAGACGCGAAGGGUGCCCUAAAAGAGAUAGAAAGGGUAAUCACCUUCCUCCUCAGAGCAGUCGAGAAAGAGAUCUCAUAUUUCCUCAGAAAAGGGAUUAUUAUUCAUGUCAAGAAGUAA